UCGUGUUGUUUUGAUUGGUAUUUGAACGGAAAAGUUAGUGUUUUUUUUUAUAUAAUUAUUUUAUAUUUUAAAAUAAAUCCGAAUAUUUAAAAUAUUGUUUUCAAAAUCUCAAAAUAAUAUAAAAAAAAUAUUUUGAUUAAAAACUAAAAAAUAUUUAGUCUAUAAUAUUAAUGAAAAAAAUUUGUUGUUUUUAGAUAUCGAAUUUCUUUUUAUUUAUAUUUGUGUUUCCACAUAAAUUCAUAACACGAUAUAAUACAAGGUAUUAUAUUUACAUAAACAUUGUAUAAUUUUAUAUAUAUGUACAUGCAUAUAUAUGUACAUAUAAGGCUAUAGUGUUAUUUGUUUAUAUUUAAAUUUUUAAAAUAAUUUGACUCGUGACAUCAUUGGUAAUUAAACGAAAAGUUGAAUAUAAUUUAAAAAAAAGGAAAAAAAAAAUAAUUUUUUUUUUCAAAAUGAAUCAAAAAUUGUUAAAGGUAACAAUGUCAACUAGUCGAACUCUUGUAUCAUUCGCAAAAUAUCAUACAAAUAAUUUGAAAUUAUUAUUCAAUAAUAGUAAUAAUAAUAGUAAGAUGACAACAACCUUAGAUUAUUUUAAUGCCAACAACAACAAUAAUAAUAAUAAAAAUAUUAGCAUACCAUCAAUUACAAGCAAAAUAGCUACAGCAGUGAAGGAAAAAUCAUUAACAACAAUAACACCUUCAAGGCAAUUCAGUAAAAUAAAUGUUGACAAAAUUAUGAACAAUUUUAAUAGGAUUAAUCAAAGGAAUUUCUAUACAGCAGCCACUGUUCCAACUUUAUCAAAAUUUAAUGCAGCUGUAAGAGAUCCACAUCAUACUGCUUCAUUAGGACCAACAACACCAUUAAAUGAAGAUAGAGCAUAUGAAUUAGUUUUAGCUCUAAAUGAUGCUGAACGUUUAGCUGUUAAAAAAGCACUUGAUAAAUAUGAUGCAAUGAGAAUUAAACAGGGUUUUGAAGGUUUCCAAAAGGCUGGUGGGAGUGCUAAUGGUCCUAAUGUUUGGACUCCAGAUUAUAUGCAAUGUGUUAGUCAAGUUGAAUAA